AUGAGGGUCCCCGCGCUGCCGGUGGAGCUGCUGCACUACAUCGCCGUGGAGGCGGACCACGAUGCGCUGCUGACUCUGGCAUGCACCAGCCAGGCGUUCCACGCCGUCGGCCAGCGCCUCAUCUACCGCGACAUCCGGCUGCGCUCGCCGCGCGAAAUCGUGCGCUGCUUCGACGUCCUGCGGCGGCGGCCGGAGCGGGCGCGGGCUAUUCGGAGGCUCUACAUCCGUGGACUGGACGGGAGUGUCAGACGGAGACUCCUCGGCGCUUUUUCUCGCCUUAUCAUUGCGGGCCUCAGGCAUGCGAUUCACAUCAAAGAGAUAUAUGUGCCCAGUCGCGAGCAUAGCGGACCCUCCUUUUCUGCACCCCACCUCGUCGAACUCCACCUCAGUUGGCAUUCCGAUGAUGUGCAACUCCCGCUCCUUCCCGCCUUGGAAUGUCUCACCGCGCCCUCCCGCACUGUGACGAUGCUUCGGCCGAACAGCCUUCCGUCGCUCCAGCACGUGUCAAUCGACUGGAUCCCCGGAGAGGGGCUCUGCACGGCGGCGCUGCUCGCACUACAGAAAGUGGGCAGCCUCCCGAAGUCGCUGACCAACGCUUUGCGGGCCGUGGAUGCGGGCUUGUUCCCCGCCAUUGCCAAGCACGCGUGGUACAUCGAGGAGUUGGUGUUCCUUCUCGACGACUACGACUUCGAGGAGUGGGAAGACCAAAAUGCCUUCGAAGCGACCGUCGUGGAGGCCCUUCCGGCGUUGCACCACCUGGUCUCGCUCAAGCUCCUCCCUCCGCAUGUGGAGUACAAUCCCGAUCUGGAAGUCGACGAGGACAAGGCGAACGACUUCGUGGACGAGUUUGCCCGCGUUUGCUACUACGGCGACCUGGUGCCGACGCUCAGCACGUGCAUCCUCAACGGCAACUCGUACGCGCCGGAAUGGACACGCCGGCCCCGGAUCGUCCGGCCACCGCCCCGGUUCCCGCUGCCCGAGCGAACGCCCGUGGUCACGGGAGCGAAGCUCGAGCCGGCGACGGCCCAGGACGCGUGGCUCCCGCUGCUGCGGCGCCACCGGGUGAUGACGACCGAGAUCGGGCUCGAGGAGCUCCUGCAUCUCGGCUGGCUCUACAACCACAUCCGCCUCCUGAACGAGGACCCCACGGCCCCGGACGCGCCGGUGAUCAGCGCAGACUUCCGGCGGCCGAAUGCGCCGGUGUACCUGCGGCGCUGGCGCGAGAUGUGCCGCGCGGCGGUCGGGCGGGGGGGAGACGUGGGUGUGGCAGGCGCAGCGGAUGGUGGAUGA